AUGAGAGGAGUGAUAGUUGGUGGCCAGGGAGGCUGGGGUGUCACUACAGCUGCUGCAGGUGGUCGCAGUCAUGUGCUGGCUCUUGUACCUCUCCAGAGGUGUUUAGGGCCCUCCUUUGAACUUUUUAAGGGUCUGAACAGCGCAAACUUAGCCAGCCAACGACAGACGGCAGCCCCUUGCUGCGCUCAUCCUCAUUUCCCCGGCGGCAGCGCUGCUUUCUUCUGCCGUGGACGAGCGCGGCCAGCACUGCCGCACCAACAGAAACUUCGAGUAGCCUCUGAGGGCUGCGUCUCAGGCCGAAAAGUUGGUGUCGGGGGACGCUUGACUGCCGAAACGGAGGCAGUGCAAUUUCUUCGGCAAGCCGUGCCGCUGAAUCUGUCUUGGGGUCAAGCGCUCGCCUUUCCCUCCUGCACCGCCGUCGCAAACAUUCUCUCCCUUUUAUGGGCAGCCAAACGGAUCUCCCCGGCAGGGAAGUGGCUCGCAGAAAAGGCCGCGCCUCAAGCAACGUGUGCCUGUACAGCUGAAGCCGAUUCGCGUGUAUGCGCAGCAGGGCUGCCUCGCAAGUUAUCGCUACGCACUCGUGGCGACGUGACGCCAGGAAGUUGGCAGAGAGGGUAUGAGGACGCCAGCAGAGCGGCCCGUGUCGCUGUGAUGGUGAUAUUCAAAAGCCUACUCGGCAGCAUGCCUGACCCUCAAGGCGAUGCUGAUGCCCCCCCAAGGGCCUCUAACCCAAGAGCCACCUCUUCUGGUCAGCAGCAGCAGCAGCAGCAGCAGCAGGCGGUAGCAGCGAGCAGCAGCAGCAACGCGGCAGCUGCUGCAAAUGCGAGCGCGAAAGAAAACAAGCGGUCCGCUGGAGGGGCGCAGCAGCCGCAAAAGUCUUAUGACAUGGGGCAAGUCUUGGGAAAUGGUUCCUUUGGCGUUGUUACCGAGGCUCGGUGUCUAGAAACAGGCGAUCUUGUCGCCAUAAAGAAAGUUUUGCAGGAUCCACGGUACAAGAACCGAGAGUUGGACAUCCUGAAGGAGUUGAACCAUCCAAACAUUGUGAAGCUGCUUGAUUAUUUCUACACCGAAGUCGAGGACAGAGGGGGCGGUGGCACGAGCCGCUUUUUGAAUGUUGUGAUGGAGUUCAUUCCCGAAACAGUUUACCGCGUCAUGAAAACCUUUGUCAGAAAUACACACACCCUUCCGUUCAUCCUUGUCAAGCUGUACACGUAUCAGAUGUGUCGGUCGCUUGGUUACCUCCAUGCCCUUGGCAUCUGUCAUAGGGACGUCAAGCCUCAGAACCUCCUUGUAGAUUAUCGAACACAUGUUCUCAAGCUGUGCGAUUUCGGCUCUGCCAAGCGAUUGGUGCCUGGGGAGCAGAGUGUUGCCUACAUAUGCUCGCGCUUCUACAGAGCUCCCGAGCUCAUGUUAGGGGCGAACGAGUAUACCACGGCAAUCGACAUCUGGUCUAUCGGGUGCGUUCUGGGGGAGCUGCUGCUCGGACGGCCGCUCUUCGCCGGUGAAACAAGUGUCGAUCAGCUCGUCAAGAUCAUUCAAGUCUUGGGAACCCCGACGCGCUGCCAGAUGUCCGCAAUGAACCCCAAUUACAUCGAAUUCAGAUUUCCAGACGUGAAGCCAAGAGACUGGCGCUCGGUCUUCGCUUCCCACCAGUGCGCCAACGACGGAGAUAAAUCUUUUGAGCAGGCAGUCGACUUGAUGAGCAAGCUGCUGCGAUACGAGCCGGAUCAGAGGCUGUUGCCCCUAGAGGCUUUGGCUCAUGAGUUUUUCGAUGAACUCCGCAACCCUAAGACGCGAUUGCCUGGCGGAGGAGCUCUGCCUGAGUUGUUUUCGUUUUUGCCGAUUGAACUCGAGAGCAUGUCGCCAAGCACCAGGGAGAAAUGCAUGAUGGCGGCGGCUGCGAACCUGACAGCUGGCGGCAGCGGGAAGGCGGGUGUCAAAUUAUACUCCGACACAAGGGAUGCUUCCGUUCUUCCUUCGUGGUUUCGAAGUCUCUCUGCCUCUCUUUGCGGGCGGAUGACUUCCUUGUCAAAAGUCCUUUUGCCCAUCAGAGUACAGGGGCGCGGCGGUGCGGUUGGUGCCUUGUGGGGAAACGAGGCCAUGCAUGCGCUGGGUUGUGUAUUCACCACCGCUCUGUCCAGGUGCUGGAGAUGUAGGGAGAAUCGUGCCGCUUUUUGCUUCGUGUCAGCAAUUGCGCUGCCCUCUGCUCGCUCGGGCAGCGCCUGCUCUCCUGCCUUAGUACAAGCCGGCCAGUGUGUGUGCUGUGCGCCGGAUGUUGGUGUGUGA